UAAUGUUGACGUUUCUCGCACUACAAACGACCGAAAACGAUGUCGUUUUUGCUGUAGUUACUCAACGAAUAUCAAACUCGGUCGCGAGCAUUUGGCAACCCGGUGAGGGUGACGCGCCGUUGAUGUGAUACAGUUGUGAUAAACGCAGUGUCGAGACGUGCGGAGUGUCGCAUUUUAAAGCGGUGAAUGGAGCAGCUUAAGCGAAUGGCCCGUCUGUGCAUCGGUGCUCGGCUACGAAUGGGUUUUCGUGUAAUCUAUUAAACGUCUAUUGUGAUGGAUCGAACACACCAGGCCUGAUGGAGCCAGGUACUCAACGAGAACUGCGUACAGCAGAUCCCAACCUCCGCUUGCUCUGUCAAGGCCAGUCCUGAGUAUCGGGUGUUCAACUCAACCCGCAACUCACCCAACAUUACCCCACCCUCCCCUUUUCUACUCCCUCCACCCAUCUCAGCCCACCCCUGGCUCCUCUACCGGCCCUCCCGCUCGCUCCCGAGAUGAUCGGCAAGCUGAAGCAGAAUUUACUAGUGGCCUGCCUGGUCAUCAGCUCCGUCACGGUCUUCUACUUGGGGAGGCACGCUAUGGAGUGCCACCACCGGAUUGAGGAGCGCACCCAGCCUCUGGUUAGCAGCUUGCGCACCACCCUACACACGGGCCAGAACCUCAGCAACCCCUUCAUCUACAAUAAAGACAUGCCUCUUGUAUUUAUUGGUGGCGUUCCUCGCAGUGGUACCACUCUAAUGCGGGCCAUGCUGGACGCUCACCCUGAAGUACGCUGUGGGGAAGAGACCCGCGUCAUUCCUCGCAUUCUGGCUAUGAAGCAGAUGUGGAGUCGCUCUGGGCGGGAGAAGAUGCGUCUAGAUGAAGCCGGAGUAACGGACGAGGUCUUGGACUCAGCAAUGCAGGCUUUCCUGCUGGAGAUCAUUGUAAAGCAUGGGGAGCCAGCCGCCUACCUGUGCAAUAAAGACCCUUUUGCCCUUAAAUCCCUCACCUACCUUGCUAAGAUUUUCCCCCAUGCUAAGUUCAUCCUUAUGAUCCGUGACGGCAGGGCCUCCGUCCACUCCAUGAUCUCCCGCAAAGUCACAAUCGCCGGGUUUGACUUGAGCAGCUACAGGGAUUGCCUAACAAAGUGGAACCGGGCCAUAGAGACAAUGUAUACACAGUGCCUAGAGGCAGCAGACAAGUGCCUGCCUGUGCACUAUGAACAGCUUGUCCUGCACCCAGAAAAGUGGAUGAGGACACUUCUGAAAUUUCUUAACAUUCCUUGGAAUGAGGCAGUUCUGCAUCAUGAGGAUCUCAUUGGGAAAGUAGGAGGCGUUUCACUCUCCAAGGUAGAGAGAUCCACAGACCAAGUGAUCAAGCCUGUCAAUGUGGAAGCCUUAUCCAAGUGGGUGGGUAAAAUCCCCCCGGAUGUGCUGCGGGACAUGCCCGUUAUCGCCCCCAUGCUGGCCAGGCUUGGCUAUGAUCCUCACGCCAACCCCCCCAACUACGGCCGGCCCGACCCCCUUGUCCUGGACAAUACUAGAAGGGUCUUUAAAGGUGAAUUUCAGCUACCUGAUUUUCUUAAAGAACAGACACAGAUUCAGAAGUCCCCAGAAAAGUCAAACCCAAGUUAGGAGGAGAAGAGGACUUUACCCAUAGAAGGUUGAGUAGAAGCAGAUGCCGUGAGACCAUGAUGGACUUACGUCAACCCCGCUAUGCUGGGACCUCCAUGCAUGGAAACACUUACAAACACACACAGGCCUUUGGGUCCGGACCACUCUCUGUAGGACAGUUUGGCCUUUGAUGUUGUACUGUAACAAUUGUGGCCUAAGAAUGUCAUUGCUGUUCUUAGUAUUUUUGUCUUUUUCAUUUCUAUUUUUCCACUCUGCUCUUUUGAUUUCCUGGCUUUAUAAACCUGUGAUUCUGUUAUAAGAAAAUACAGUGGACUAAUUGAGUAUUUAUGGAGGAAAGUUAGCUUUAUAAUACAAAACGCAAUCUCUAUUUUAAUGUUUGUUUUUUUAAUGCCUUUGUAAUGUGCAAUUUCUUGAGUACUGAAUGAUGUGCAAGAUCUUGAGCUAUUGAGAGUUUGUAGAAAAAGAGCUGCAUUUAUGUUCUCUGCAUUCACAACGGAGUGACCUUAUGUACAAUGAGAGUUGUAAUAAAUGAGCUGUCAGUGUUCUAAUGCAAGAGCUCAUUGACAUUUCUCCAUUGGCACAGAUGCUGUGUGUGGAUUUAUUUUGUUGUUUUUACAAUUGUUACUUUUCUACUUGAGUGUAAAUCAUAAUUAUGUAUGAUUUUAUUUCUUUCAAUGAAGGUUGACAGCCACUGUGCUGACAUUAGUCCGAUUUUUACAUUCGGUGUAGGAGACAAGGCAUUGUUUAAAGGUGAUGUGUGCUAAAAUACUUUCUCCUAGUUUAGUUUAAUAUUUAGACUCAACUAUAAGUCAGCCAUUUUGUAGGUUGAUUUCUCCCCAAAUCUGUAAAAAAUCUGUACAAAAUGUCUCUGUGGCACUAUAAAAAUAUUGUUCUGUUUGUUUGAGUGUCCCGACGGUCCACCUUAGCAACAUUAAUCAAUGAUGUGUGUUUGGGGAGGGACUAUCUGUUUGAUCAACGGUAGACAGGGAGGAAUGUUUAUUUUUGCAAUUCCAUUUGGCACUUCCGCCAAAAUUCAAAUGACCAAAAAAAAAAAAAAGGUGCAUAGUUAAGAUAGUUGAAGCUUAUUUGAAUCUUUUCAGCCUCUGUCUAUUAGUGGCUUAGUCAGAAACAAGGCUCUGGGUGUGCCAAGGUAAAACUGGGUGUGCAAGAACUAAAGCACAAUAAAGUGACAUAAUAAAGUGAAUGUUAACCACUA